AUGAAUAACCAUUCAUUACAUAUAACAACUCGUAUUCAUAAAUUCCUCAGGUCGGAUGCUACCCCUUUAACACCUGAAGCUAUCAAAGAAAUCAGGAAUGCGCCCAGAAAUAUUCCAAAUGCAUCUUGUAUUAUGUGUAAAAAACAUCGUAUAGGUAUGAAACGGUAUAAAGAUAUAAUUAAUAAUCAAAUACCUUCUGAACCAACUGAUGAAUGGCGUUGUAUUAUUGAAACAGUUAAUGAUAUAAAGCCUAAAUCGAAUUCAUCUAAACUGGCAAACUUACCUGAAUCACCAAAUGAUAUUACUCCCAGGAUAGAUAUUAAUCCAAAAUCCACUAAUAUAUCGAUAAAAAAGGGAGGGUCGAAACCCAAAUCAAUAUUAAGGAAAAAUGAGACUAAUCAAAGAGAUUCGCACCACUCUAACAUAUCUAAACCAAUUUCCAAUAGUAUUUCAAUGUCAGUUAAUGCCGAUAACCCUACAGAAAAAAUAAGCCGGGAGAAAAUGGAUGUAUUAUACGAGCAAAGUAUUGGAAGAAAUGAAGAGUAUAAAGCAAAGAUGGCUUAUAUAUUAAACAAUUAA